UCUCUCUGUAAAACUCUCGCUCGCUCGCGUUGGAACCCUAUUAAUACUGGGUCCGAAGACGAAGAAAUCUCAGAAGCCGCGAAAAAAAGCCCUCCUCGUUCCUUCCAGUUUUUCCUUAAUUUUCCUCUCGAUUGUUUCUUCAAAACAUUUUCUUCGAUUUUUUGUUUUUUGUUUUUUUACUCACGAGAAUCCGAUUUUUCCCUAGGCCUUGUUCCCCUUUUUGCGUCGAAAGAUUCCCCUGUUUUUUUUUUUUUUUUUCGUUUUUUUCUUUCCCCGCCCCUUUUGUGGUUUCUACUGUGGAUUUGAAUUGUUCGACCGUGUCGAUCCGUUCUCUAGUGGUGGAGAUUGAGCUUUUGAGGAUGGCGAACCAAGGAGGCGAUCCUGUCCCUGGAUCGGGUUCCACCGCCACUGAGGUUAUUGGUGGUGGCCAAGGGCAAACAGUACUAUAUCCUUCUUCAACUCCAAGUCAUCACUCGUGGUCCGCAUCAACGGCUCCUGCGACUGUCUCAUGGAAUUAUAAAACGGAUACCGCGACUGAAAAUGGAUAUCCAUCUAAUUCCGGAUACUACUAUGAUCCACUUAGGGACAUACCCAAUUCAGGAGCUACUCAAACUAAUACAAUAUCCACAAGUCAGAACACACCCAACGGGACACAAGAUUAUUCUGCUUAUGGCUAUACCAAUCCAGAAUAUCAGAAUUAUUAUUAUAACUAUCAUCAGCCCACCCAUGAUUCUUCCUCACAACAAUUAGGAGCAACUCAAAAUCAAAAUACAGGUGCAGCUUACCAGCCUCUUAGCUCAUUUCAGAAUUCAGGGUCUUCUUAUGUGGGUCCUACAAGUUAUUUAGGAACUUACUACAAUACUGGUGAUAAUCAGAAUACGGCGGGGUAUCAGAACAACAGCUAUUAUUAUCAUCAGCCGAAUCCCCCUCAUUCGUACUCAAGCUACUCAUCAUCAGAUGCAAAUUCAGUACAAAGUUCUACGGUUUCUACAAAUCCGGCUUAUUAUCAACAGCAAUACUAUCAAUGGCCUCAGUAUUAUAGUCAGAAUGCGCCUUCUCUUGGUUGUACUCCAGGAACGGAGAAUUCGUCCGUCACCAUGACUGCCACAUCAGCAGUUGGCGUUGGUGGUGGCUACUCAUAUCCAAGCAGCCAACCGCCGCCACCUGGCACUACAUCGUGGAGAAGAGAUGCUGGCACGUCUACUUUACCUUCUUUGCAGGAAAAAAGCAAUGCUGCAGCUUAUCAACCAACCGUCGAUCAGGAAGUUAGGGUUCCAGGGUUUCAAAGCCCUUAUAUCCCUCAAAUGCCCUCCUACUCACAAAAUACCAUGAAUACCUCUCCUUUACCAACAAAUAACCCGCAGAAUCAACAGAACCUUCUAUAUUCUCAACCUCUGACCGCACAUGUUCCUCCAGCAAAUCAAGCUCUGCCACCUCAACAUACCGUUGCCACAUUGGACACACAUCGGGUAAGCAAAAUGCAGAUUCCAACAAACCCUAGAAUUGCUUCAGGUCUGGCCUUGGGUGUUGCAAAGAGUGACAAGGAAAAUUCGACAGUCAAUGCGGCACCAAAACCUGCCUAUGUUGGUGUUUCGGUACCAAAGCAUAGCAGCAAAUCAUCUCAAGAAGAUACUGACUCCAUGAUCAAGGGAGCCUUCCCUGUAGCGCUUCGUGCAUAUGUUGAGCGGACUUUUGCUCGGUGCAAGAAUGAUGCACAAAGGGCUAUCAAUCAGAGUUUAAUGAAGGAGAUGGUUACCAAGGCAUCUGCUGAUGGAACACUUUUUACCAAGAACUGGGACAUGGAACCACUUUUUCCCCUGCCAAUAGACUCCAAUGAGCAGAACAAUUUGCAGAGUUCAGAUCUCCUCUCUUCCUUGUCGAAAUCUAAGAGUUCUGGUCGUCGCACGAAAAGCCGGUGGGAGCCUGCACCAGAAGAAAAGCUAGUUGAGAAGCCGGAACCGGUUACUAAUGAUUUAGCAAAGGUUGCUAGUUGGAGCCGUCCUGAAGCAACCGAACGAGCUGGGAGCAACACUUGGAAAUUGGCAAAGUUCCUCCCAUCGCAACAGCAGACGCCUUCAAAUAAAUUUAAUCAGAGGCCAGCAAAAAAGUCAAGAUUUUCUGAACCUUCAAAUGUAACUGAGAAUGGUGAUGCUUCGAGUGAUAGUGAUAAGGAGCAAUCCUUAACCAAAUACUACGCCGGUGCAAUUUCAUUAGCAAAUAAUCCGGAGGAAAAGAAAAGGCGUGAGCAUCGAUUUAAACGGUUUGAAAAGGUGCAGGAUGAUCAAAGAAAUGCUAAGAAUUAUAGGGCUAAAGAUGUUGGAGGUGGGAGCAUAUACACAAGAAGAGCGAGUGCAAUGCUUCUUGCUAAGACCCACGAAGAUGGUGCUAGUAGAGAGGUUGAAGAUAUUGAUUGGGAUGCCCUGACAGUGAAGGGGACAUGCCAGGAGAUUGAGAAACGCUAUCUCCGUCUUACUUCUGCCCCUGAUCCUUCCACAGUCAGACCGGAAGAUGUCUUGGAGAAGUCUCUUCAUAUGGUUCAGACAUCUCCAAAGAAUUAUCUUUAUAAAUGUGACCAACUUAAAUCUAUUCGUCAAGACCUAACCGUUCAAAGGAUUCAGAAUGGGCUCACUGUAAAGGUGUAUGAAACUCAUGCAAGAUUAGCAUUGCAAGCAGGCGAUUUGCCCGAGUAUAACCAGUGCCAAUCACAGCUAAAGCGGCUAUAUGCUGAUGGAAUCAAGGGAUGUCACAUGGAGUUCUCUGCUUACAAUCUGCUCUGCAUUAUCUUACACUCCAAUAACAAAAGAGAGCUUUCGUCAUUGAUGACAAGAUUAUCAGCUGAAGCGAAAGAAAAUGAGGCUGUUAAGCAUGCUCUUGCAGUCCAAUCUGCCGUCUCAUCUGGAAAUUACGUGCUAUUUUUCAGAUUGUAUAAGACGGCUCCAAACCUCAAUACCUGCCUUAUGGAUCUAUAUAUAGAGAAGAUGCGGUUCGAGGCUGUGAAAUGUAUGUCUAAAUCGUACCGGCCAACAGUACCUGUCAAAUACAUUUCGAGGAUUUUAGGAUUCUCGAGAAGUGUACAGGGAGAAGAAAGUGAAGAUAUGGUCAUGGACAAAUCAGAAGAAUGCGAGGAGUGGUUAAGAGCUCAUGGUGCGGUUCUUACAGUGGAAAGUAAUGGGGAACUGCAUCUGGACGCUAAGGCUUCUUCAUCAAGCCUUUACAUGCCAGAGCCGGAGGAUGCUGUAGCUCAUGGAGAUGCAAACCUUGCAGUUGACGAUUUCUUUACGCGAGCUUCUUAGCUAAUGGUACGUUUCUUGUGUAUUCUUUUGUUACAAUGCAGCAGAAGUUCAGGAGAAAGAAGCAAUGGCCUAAGGACCGGCAGUACCCAACAAACCUUUAGAAAGAAAGGGUCAGUUGAAGAUUACCCAGAAGCCUGAUUCAGUUUGAAGCACAACAAUCGUUCUGGAUCCUUCAGCACGCUUCUCUACUAUGCUUUUUCAUUCGGGGGACCAAAGCAUGCUCGAGUUUGGGCGAUAAAGUCACAGUAUUGGUGUCCAUGGGGAAGUAGUAUUACUCAAUUGCUCAUGCAAGCUAUAGAUGCAAAGUGUAAAUGUCCAUUAAUGUUGUCAACCAUUAGAAUCAUGUACAAACAAUAGAGUUUUUGUCGUAUAUUGAAAAACUCAUGUGAAAAAAAAAAUAACACGUUCUCAUUUGCCUCCAGAGAGAAGUUACCUGAACUAUUAUUGGAGGAAAUUUUGCUCAAACAAUAAGAGCUCGUCCUUUUUGAUUAGGACUGUCGGAAAUCGAAUUAUUGUUUGUUGAUUAUUAGAGAUGUAAAUGUAGCAGUUACAUAGAUAAUGUGGUGUUUUUGAACUAA